AUGCGCGAAGAAAUGGAGGCGCUGGAGCGGCAGCGCGCGAGACUCAGACUCGAAUCGUUGUCGCCGGCGCUUUUAGACACCAUCGCUUUGAUUGACCAACUCCGUCAGGAGCAGAAGGAGCUGCGUAAGAAACUGCACUCUUAUGAUAUGCAGAACAGUACGUACCAGACUCUCCUGUCCGAAUACGGAGCCUCUUCGUCGACGUCCGGGAUCUCGGGCUCUCACUACGACGCUGAAGACGUGGACUCGAAUGAGGACCGACUGGUGGAAGCGCCCAUCUUCCAACGUGUGCUGUUUCGCCGCCCCUUGUCACUUGAUGUCGUUAUGGCGUGCGUCAAAGAAAGCUACGAAAGUAUCAUGGCCUUCCGUGCCGAGCGCGAUUUCGAAUCACUGGACACGGAGGUGUUAGGCUGGAGCGACAAGCGCAUUCUGAACGCCAGCUCACUGCGGUUCAUGCUCUCGCAACAAUUCGAGCAUGUCCCGCCGUCUGAGCUGGUGUACAAGACGUGGAACUUACUCACAGACUUUAAACUUUACCGUCACAUGCAACCGCAUACGGUGGCGCUGGAGAUACUGCAGCGCGUGACGGAGGACUGCGCGAUCGUUCGACUUAGUGUAAGCAACGGCAACAAAGUGCACCACUCGAUUUUGCUGAUUGCGCGUGGUCAAAUCGACGGCGGAUACCUCAUCACAUACCGCUCCAUUCCGCUGUCCGAGGGCCAGCGGCAAUUCGCUGCGAUGGAGAGUAACUACGUGAACCUCUUCAACUGGUACACGUUCCUAGAGAAGACGACGCUCAAGGGUGACCCAGCUUGUGAGGUAACCUUCGGUGGCUGUGUGGAGAACCAGUCGAUGGUGUAUCUUCGCUAUCUCAUGAUGGAGGUGGUGGCGGGUGUCGUGCGCUGGCAGACAGCAGUGGGGCACAACAAGUCCCGACUGACAUACGGCUAA